AUGAACACGUUUUUAGAGAUAGUUACAACAUAUUUGAAAAUGUUCAGAAGUCUAGCAAUCAUCUCAUCUCUAAUUGUUCUUUCUGAAUCUUGUAGUGAUGCAUCUUCCAAGUAAGUUCCUCUAACUAAUUAGAAUAAUAAAUACAAAUAAAUGUUCAGUUGUGCAAAUUGGGUAGCAAAUGGUUUUUGUAAAUCUCCAAACUAUUCAUAUUCUCAAAAAAAGGCAAAUUGUGCGCAAAGUUGUGGUUAUUGUGGUACAACAUCAACAGCAUCUGGUUCAGCAACAACAGAUUGUCAAGAUAAUCAAGCAACAUGUGGAUAUUGGGCAUCAAAUGGUUUUUGUACAAAUCCAUUUUAUUCGAAAGCAUUGAAAACUCAAUAUUGUGCAAAUACUUGUAAUUUAUGUCCAACAACAGAUUCAACAACUGAUUCAACUACAACAACAGCAUGUGUUGAUAAUAUUAAAUAUUGUUCAUCUUGGGCAGCAAGAGGUUAUUGUACUAAUUCAUUUUAUACUGAUACUCAACGAAAACAAUUUUGCGCUAAAACUUGCAGCUUGUGCACAUAA